AUGCAGUCCCAGACGGACUUGUACGAGUACCACACCUACAGGUCAGUUGCGCGGGGAUCGUACCUGCUACUAGCCAACGGAUGGGCGUGGCUGGGUCGAGCGCUGGUGCCCGUCAUUGGAUCGCAAGCUGAAGGGCUUGGCUUGGCGCGAACACAUCCGCGCGAGGCAUGGCCGGUAGUCGACGGAGAUGAAAAGUCGAUAAGCACGGACACACCGGAGGGUGUCAGCAUCCACGAUGUGACCAUGAGCCCGCCUCAGCCUGCCCUGAUCGUCGUCUGUCGAGGCCGAAGGUGGCGCGGAGCUCGGGCGCGCUCGCGUUCGCCGAGGCCGAAACAGGCCGGCGACGGCCGAUGGCUGACGCUCGCAAGCUGUGCCCGAACCGAACGACUCGGCAAACGACUCGGCAAACGACUCGACGGUCAACUCACUCUCCGGAGCCCAGCCGUGACAACCGAAACUGACUUUCUCCGCUACAAAAUGCAGUGCGAUCGAUUUCGUCAUUGGACUGCUCAUCACUCUCGGAGGUCAGUCAAGCCUCGCCCCUUGGAAGCUUCGUCGCUUUCUGGUCCCCCGUAGGCUGAUCCUGCAUCUCCUCUCCAACAGCGUCGGUCCUGAACGCACUCGGAUUGAAUGUCACCAAGCUCGACUUUACGCGCCAAGAAGCCCUGCCCGCAUCGGCUCGGAAACCCGACUGGCAACGACCGUUCUGGGUCCUCGGCUUGGGUCUCUACAUCAUCUCCCAGGUCGUCGGCUCCACAUUGGCGUUGAACUACCUCAGGGCCGAAUAUGUCGCACCGUUGGGGUCCUUGAGCUUGGUCUUCAACUUUGUAUUGUGAGUAUAUCGAUUGUCAAUCUGCGCGAUUGCCGAGCGAUGACUGACAAGGAUUGUCCACCCCGACUACAGCGCCUACCUCCUCGUCGGCACUCCGGUGACUCGACUCGACAUCCUCGGAACGAUCGUCGUCAUUCUCGGCGUCGUCGGCGUCGUCGUAUUCGGCAACAACCGUCAACUCCCUGCCGGAACGUUCGACAAAGAGUCGAACUUGACCCUCUCCGUGCUCAAGGGCAUUUGGUCACGUUACGAAUGGAUCGUCUACCUCAUCUUUCUCGAAGUCGCGACCGUGACCCUCUUCUGGUUCUCGACGAUCGCGCACGAGGUGUGCAUGGCCCGCAUCGUCGACGAUCGUGGCGAAGCGGGAAUGAACGUCGAUUCCGCGAUCGAGGAUAUGGUCGGUUCAGGUGGAGGGAGGCGCGUCUCGAUCCCUCCAACCGCCUGGGCCCGCUUCAAAGACUCGACCAAGAAAUCGCACGGAUUCGCUUGUCGUUUCCUCAAGCGCCAAUUGGAACGGUGGUCGCAAGCCAAACCCGAAUCGGUGAUCCGCCGAGCCGCGGGGUUCAGUUGGUCCGUCACCGCUGGUGUUUUGGCUGGUCAGAGUUUGGUCUUUGCCAAGAGUGGGGUCAAGUUGAUGACGAUUGGGUGGACGCAUAAGGGUGGAAAUGGCGAGCCGAAUCCGUUCACUUCCGUUUUGACCUAUGUCAUCCUUGCCCUGUUGGUCGUUUCGGCCGUAUCGCAAGUUUGUGAGUUGAGCGCGGUUCUCGUGAGUGCUUUGGAACUUUAGCUGACCGUUUUGCUCCGUGUCGACCUAUAGACUGCUUGAACAAGGCGCUCAAGUGCUGUGACUCGACAUUAUCCGUACCAGGUAAGCAUCUGACAGAAUUCGUAUCCCCCUUCGCCCAAAGCUGACGAACUUCCCUGCCCAACAGUCCUCUUUGCGACGUACACGACCUGCGGUUUCCUCAACAACCUCGUCUACCUCGACCAAUUGGAUUCGUACAAAACUUGGGUCUUCAUCCUCAUCUGGCUCUCAAUCCUGGUCCUCAUCAUCGGCGUCGUUUUCCUCUCCCUCAAAAAACCCGAACCCUCGCAUCGAUCGCGAAGUCAAUCCGAACCCGAGAUCCCAACUUCGAAUGAGCCUUCCGCUCCGGAAAUGGAAAUGAAGGCUCGACAAAGUGGUGAAGGAAGAACGAAGAGGGUUGGUUCGACUUCGGAGGGAGCGCAUAAGAUUAAAGAUGUGAUCAUUCAUACGUUGCAACAGACCGAUGGACCUGCUUUGGAUGGAGGGAAGAGGCAGGGUAGUUUGGGAAAGGUGUUUGGUGGGAUGGUCGAGGAUGCACCGCAGGAGGUGCUGGAGGUGGUGGUGCAGGGUGGGAAGGGGGAGAUGUCGAGGAAGGAGAGGAGAAGAGGGGCGCAAAAGUUGGGCGAUGAGGGCGACGAUGAGGUCGAUGAAUUGGAUCGGGAGGGGCCAGUGGGGAAGAGUCCGUUCGAUGAUGAGUUUGGGGAGUUUGAAGAAGCACCGGACGCCAAACCGUAG